CUACUACAACACCUCACCCAGGCUACACCAGACGUAUCCUAGUCAUAAAUGUGAAUACCGCAGGUAAUUCCACGUAUUGUUUACGAUUCAUCUCCGCUGCAUGUGGAGUGUGAGUGUGGACACCUAGAAAUAUGUUGACUGAGUCACUGCUGCCACGACGCUGACACAUUCCAGGAGAGGAGGACUGUCCGGGCUGCCUCUCUUCUGAUAAGCAUCCUAUGGUAUUCUGUACAAGUCAAGAUGGCGGUGUCGGCAACGGAAAGGGACGCAAUAAAUACUGAAGAUGACCAUCACAACGAUUCGUUCGGGAACCCCGGGCUCAUCUCGCCGGAUAGGGAGGACAUUGCACGGCUUCUGAAGGUGCCAUUCACCGGCCGCAUCAGAGGUGGUAUGAGGCCGGGGAAGAAGGUCAUUGUCAUGGGCAUUGUUGAUCUGGAGCCAGACAGCUUUGACGUCAGCCUGACUUGCGGCCGUGGCACAGAGAAGGAGGAGCCACAGCCGGAUGUGGCCCUGAAACUCAGCGCUCGAUUCGCUGAGCGCCAGUUUCUGCGUAACUCCCGCGUCUCGGGAAAAUGGAGCGAGGAGGAGAAGUCUAUCGACUACUUCCCCUUCAUCCCUGACCAGCCCUUCAGGAUUGAGAUCCACUGUGAACACACGCGCUUCCGGAUAUUUGUGGACGGAAACCCGCUCUUUGACUUUUUUCACAAAGUGAAAUCUUUGCUGUCCAUCGAUACAGUGAGGAUAGAAGGGGGUCUACAGAUCACCAAGCUAGGUUAACCAACCCAGCUGCUAUGCCAGUGUGUGACACAACAAGACCUCAAUACAGCUCGUGUUGUCUGGCUGACUGACUCAGGAAAGAAGAUCCCUGGUUAACACCUUCAUUCUCUAUUCUGGCUUUUCAACAGAGGAUUCUGCAUAUAACCAGUCCCAUAGGAGCAAUACAACUCUUUGUCUGUGUCCCAAAGGGCAAUCUAUUCCUUUAUAUAGAGCACUACUUUCAACUGGUCAAAUGUAGUGCACUAUGUAGGGAAUGGUGUGCUAUUUGGGACACGCAGACUUAUUAGACACUAUUUCCUAACUGAAUGAAACCAAGUUGAGUCAUUCAUGGAGAAUUGUAACAUUUUGCAUUGGAGCAUGUUUUGUUUGUGUUCAUUAAAGGAGUAAUUCCACUA